CCGGUAUUUGUGGAGUUGGACCUCAAGCUUCAACAUGUGAUAAACUUUGUCCAUGCAGUUUUUACGGUGCAUGCCUCCUUCCUUGACGCAGAAUUUGUCGUGUACCACUAACCACAGUGCAGUAUGAGCGAUUCCGCGAUUCACGCUCUUGCCGGAGCCGUAGGCGGGGUAGUGGCCAUGACGGCGACGUACCCCCUCGUGGUCCUGUCCACCCGUGCAGCGGUUGAAACGAAGAACCACUCCAAGACGGUCGUGGAAUCAGUCCUAGACAUCGUCAAGCGGGAAGGCCCGCGGGCCUUUUACAGUGGUCUGAGCUCAAGUUUGGUUGGGAUAGCAGUUACUAACGGCGUAUACUACUACUUCUAUGAGCGCUCGCGAGGUAUAAUACUGAAUUCGCGGGAGGGAACCAAGGCGUUGAGUACCUUGGAGUCUAUUCUGGCUGGUCUUAUAGCAGGGUCUGCGACAACUAUCAUCAGCAAUCCAAUAUGGGUUAUCCAGACUUCGCAAGUAGUCCACAAGUCGGAAUCCGACUCUCGGGAGGUAGAGAGCGUGCCGAAGACACUUGGGGUGUUGGAAACUAUCAACCAGAUACUUGCCAAGGAUGGUAUUGGAGGUUUCUGGCGGGGAAUUGGUCCAGCCCUCGUCUUGGUCACCAACCCGGUCAUUCAGUACACCGUCUUCGAACAGCUGAAGAAUAUCCUCAUCGGGAGCCGCACGGCGAAGCUGCGCACACGCGGAUCCAAGGGUGCCGCCGUGCUUCGUGACUGGGAUUACUUUCUCCUAGGAGCGUUGUCAAAGUUGGUUGCGACUGCAUUGACGUAUCCCUAUAUAGUCGUCAAAAGCCGGCUUCAGGUCGGCCAGAGCCAAGCAUCGCAGUACAAGUCUUCUCUGCACGGCCUUACAUUGAUUUUGAAAGAAGAAGGCAUACAAGGCUUGUAUAAAGGUAUCGGGAGCAAACUCCUCCAGAGCGUACUUACUGCUGCUAUGUUAUUUGCUGGACAAAGAAGGAUAUACGAACUUACAAAGCAGGCAGUCGCAUCGGCUUCCGGGCCAGCUGCAUUGAAGUAGUAGUUGUUGGCCGUUGUGUAAAUAAGAAUUGCAGAGUAACCACUGACCACGGUUGUGCUUACA